AUGCCACCAAAGGGCUGGAGAAAGGAUGCGCAAGGUAACUAUCCCACCACUUCUUAUAUGAAGGAGCAAGAGAAUGUGACGAUGCAGGAUCUGUUAUUCCCCAGGAGUGUGAUCAUGGCGCUGGCUAAGGAAGUACCUGAGAUGCAGCAGCAACAGGUGCAGGUGCAGGCGGCAGAGAAAGGUGAGCCUGUGGAGAAGACGCCCGCCAAGAAGCUGGUUGUCACCAAGGAUGCGUCGAUGGCGCUGCAACACAGCGCCACAGUGUUUGUGAACCACCUGCUGAUGUACGCCAGAGAACUAGCCAAGGAGCAAGACCGCCGCAGUUGCAACGUCGACGAUAUACUCAAUGCUCUGGAGCACAUGGGCCACCCGGGCUUGAAACCGCUCGUCGCCAACAGACUAGAUGACUACCAGGAGGCGCUAGAGUGGAAGAAACAACUGAAAGCACAGCUACAGAUACUGAACGGAGAAGCCGAGGAGGAGCCCAACGAGCUGGGCACAUACGACCACGACAACGAGACGGACGAUGAAGAAAUAAGAGACGAGCCUGAAAAGAAGCUGAAAGUAGAACCCUAG